AUGCUUUCCAGUACCCGCUCCCUCAUCUGGGGUGGCCUACUGGCCCUAGCCUCCUUUGCCACCGCCUCCCCAGUUGCAACCGGUCCCCUCCCCAUUGCCAUCCGCGACUCCUCUCCACCUUCUUCCCUCGAAAACCGCGAUUACAACACCUCCUCCCUUCUCUCCCCCGUCGUCUUCAUCCCGCCAACCAUCCAACAAGACCUAACCAGCCUGCUCUCCCCAUCCGCCCUCGUCAUCCUGCCCUCCUCCCCUUCUUUCCCCCAAUACACCUCCCGCUGGUCCCUCAACACCCGAACCAACUCCCCAUCCUACGCAGUCAUCGUCAUCCCCGCUUCUGAGCGCGACGUCUCCCUAACCAUCCAAUACGCCAACGCCCAUUCGAUCCCCUUCCUCGCCACCACCGGUACCCACGGCACCUGGCACGGUCUGUCGAAGCUGCAGGGUGGCAUGGCCAUCUGGACGCGGAACCUAACCAAGAUGGAGUUUGCUGCCGACGGCAACUCCGCCACUCUCGGUGGCGGGCUGCGCGGUAACGACGUCGUUCCUGCGCUUUGGGCUCGUGGGAAACAGACUACCACCGGCUCUUGCCGCUGUGUCUCCCUUCUAGGGCCAGCGCUAGGUGGUGGACACGGUUGGUUACAAGGCCAGUACGGCUUGGGAGCAGACCAGAUCUUGUCUGCGCGUGUGGUUCUUGCAAACGGCACGGCGGUUAAGGCGUCGAAUACCGAAAACAGCGAUUUGUUCUGGGCGUUGAGAGGAGCCGGACAUAACUUUGGAGUGGUCACCGAGGUGGAGUAUAAGCUUUAUGAUGCUGUCAGACCCAACUGGGCGUAUCAGAGCUUUACUUUCACGCAGGAUCGACUCGAGGAUGUGUAUAGGGUGCAUAAUGAGGUCAUGAAGAACCAGAACCAGUAUGUGGUUUAUUGGAGUUUGUGGAGGUUGGUGCCAGAGGUUGAUGCUGUUAAUCCAAUCCUAGUCUCAACAGUCUACUACAACGGCCCCGCCUCCGAAGCCUUGCCUUACUUCGCCCCCUUUGCCGCUCUCAACCCCCUUGAUACCACCCCCGUCCAAACAACCGACUACCCCGGCCUCGCCGCCGCAGCCCAAUUCCGCGUAACAGACUGGGCCUGCCAGCCCAAAACCGGCGCCACCGUCUAUGGCAUGGACGUAGACACCUACGACCUCCCUGCCCUGCGGCAAUCCUACAACUUUCUUAGCCAAAUGAUCCGCACCGAGCCCGCCUUGUCCGCUUCAAUGGCUUAUCUCGAAGGCUACUCCCUGCAAGCAGUACAAGCGGUUCCCUACGAAAGCACAGCCUUUGCUCUUCGCGAUAGGAAGCUGUUGUACGGGUUCUUGGUGACGUAUGAGGGGGCUACGAAUAAGACGUUGGAUGCACAGGCGCAGAAGUGGGGAGAGAAGAUCCGGAAUGCGGCGUAUGGAGGCGUGAGCAGGAAGUAUGCGUAUGUUAAUUAUGCUAAGGGGAGUGAGACGAUGCAGCAGAUGUAUGGGUAUGAAGGGUGGAGACAGGAGCGGCUGAAGCAGCUGAAACGGAAGUAUGAUCCGCGGGGGAGGUUUAGUUUUUAUGCGGGGAUUAAGGCUUGA